AUGGAUUUUUUGCGUAAAGUUGCUAGACCUAAUCCUCCUCAAGAGUCUGUUGCGUCGCGUAUAUCUCAACCAGGGACAGAAGGCAGUACUCAGUUGUCUGAAAAUUCGCAACCAAGCACUUCUAAAAGACAAAAGACCAUGCCAACACAGCAACAUAUAAUGGACUUAGAUGUCAAAAUGAGCGAGUUUUUAGACAGCAGGCUAUCACAACAAACUGAUCCCCCAAUUUUAUCAUUUUUAAAAGUAUCCUACCCUCUGUUACGUCUUUCGACGAUGACGAAACGUUGGAGCUUCAAUCAGGUGUAUUAUCACUGA